CUCCGGUAAACACCUGUACCUCUCCACCUCCCCCUCUCUCGUUAUCUAUCCCUCCCUCUCUCUCUCUCUUUCAUCAUCCGUCUAUCCUCCACGGUCAGUCUGCCGCUUAUCUGACCGACUUCUGACCUCUUUAUCCGGCGGUUGGUGCUGCGGUUAGCCGCUGGAGCUAACCGGGACCGGGGGUAUAAAGAGACGUACCGGGACAGAGCGAGCCUUACCGGGACCGGAGAGAGAGCGAGCACACCGGGAUGAACCAUGGCGUCGGUGCGGGUGGCUGUCCGGGUCAGACCCAUGAACAGACGGGAGAAAGAUUUAACCGCAAAAUGCAUCAUCAAGAUGGAAGCAACCAAAACCUCCAUCACCAACCUGAAGCUUCCCGACGGCAUCGCAGGAGAUACGACGAGGGACCGAACUAAAACCUUCACCUACGACUUUUCCUACGACUCUUCGGACUGUAAGAGCUCCAGCUUCGUCUCUCAGGAGAAGGUUUUUAAGGAUUUGGGCACCGAUGUGUUGAAGGCGGCGUUCGAAGGUUACAACGCCUGCGUCUUCGCCUACGGUCAGACCGGCUCGGGGAAAUCCUACACCAUGAUGGGAAAUCCAGGAGACGCAGGUUUGAUCCCGAGGAUCUGUGAAGGUUUGUUCAGCCGGAUCUCAGACGCCACUCGAUGGGAUGAAGCUUCGUUUCGUACAGAAGUCAGUUACCUGGAGAUCUACAACGAGAGAGUGAGAGACCUGCUGAGGAGGAAAUCCACUCAGACCUACAACCUGAGAGUCCGGGAGCAUCCUAAAGACGGACCGUAUGUAGAGGAUCUUUCCAAACACCUGGUGCAGAACUACAGCGAUGUGGAGGAGCUGAUGGAGGCGGGAAACAUCAACCGCACCACCGCCAGCACCGGCAUGAACGACGUCAGCAGCCGCUCGCAUGCCAUCUUCACCAUCAACUUCACGCAGGCUAAGUUCGACGCGGAGAUGCCCAGUGAGACGGUCAGUAAGAUCCACCUGGUCGACCUGGCUGGCAGCGAGCGAGCCGACGCCACCGGAGCGACCGGCGUCCGACUGAAGGAAGGAGGAAACAUCAACAAGUCGCUGGUUACCCUCGGCAACGUCAUCUCCGCUCUAGCGGACAUGGCGCAGGACGGCGUGAACACCAACCUGAAGAAGAAGUCAGUGUUUGUCCCUUACAGAGACUCCGUGUUAACGUGGCUGCUGAAGGACAGCUUGGGAGGCAACGCCAAGACCAUCAUGAUCGCCACUGUUUCCCCGGCUGACGUGAACUACGGCGAGACGCUCAGCACCCUGCGCUACGCCAACCGAGCCAAGAACAUCAUCAACAAGCCGACCAUCAACGAGGACUGCAACGUCAGGCUGAUCAGAGAACUGCGGGCUGAGAUCGCCAGACUGAAGGCUCUGCUGGUUCAGGGCAACCAGAUCGCUCUCCUGGAUUCACCGACUGCUCUGAGCAUGGAGGAGAAACUGCACCAGAACGAAGCCAGAGUUCGGGAGCUGACGAAAGAGUGGACCAACAAGUGGAACGAGACCCAGAACAUCCUGAAAGAGGAGACUCUGGCUCUGAGGAAAGAAGGGAUCGGUGUGGUGUUGGACUCGGAGCUUCCUCACCUCAUCGGCAUCGACGACGAUCUCCUGAGCACCGGCAUCAUCCUUUAUCACCUGAAGGAGGGACGGACGUACGUUGGCAGAGAUGACGCGUCCACAGAGCAGGACAUCAUCCUGCACGGUUUGGACCUGGAGAGCGAACACUGUAUGUUUGAGAACAAGAACGGGACGGUGAUCCUGGUGCCACUCGGCGGGGCUCAGUGUUCGGUUAACGGCGUUCAGGUGACGGAGCCGUCGCAGCUCAACCAAGGUGCGGUGAUUCUACUCGGCAGAACCAACAUGUUCCGGUUCAACCAUCCGAAGGAGGCGGCGAGGCUGAGAGAGAAACGAAAGAGCGGCCUCCUCUCCUCCUUCAGCCUCUCCAUGACCGAUCUGUCUCAGUCCUGUGAGAAUCUGUCCGCUGUGAUGCUCUACAACCCCGGGUUGGAGUUUGAGAGACAGCAGAGAGAAGAGCUGGAGAAACUGGAGCUGAAAAGGCGGCUCAUUAAGGAGAUGGAGGCCAAGCAGCAGAUUGAGAAGGCGGAGCUGGAGCGUCUGCAGCAGGAGGUGGAGAGCCAGAGGAAGGAGUCAGAGGAGGUGCAUCAGCGGAUCAUGCGCCAGGAGGAAACCCUCCGUCACCGCAGUCAGGACAUCGAGAGCCGCCUGCGCGACUUCCUGGCCGAGAAGGAGCGCUUCGAAGAGGAGAGACGCUCCGAGAUCCAGGGGAUGGACCAGAAGGAGCAGCAGGAGGGCGAAGCGGAGGAGGAGGAGGAGCAGCAGCAGGAUGAGGAGCUGAGGAGGCAGCAGGAGGCGGCGGAGCAGACGGAGAUCUACCGCGAGCUGGAGAAGCUGAAGAGGGAACGGGAGGAGCAGAAGGUGCGACUGGAGACGGAGCGGCGGCGGCUGGAGGAGCAGGAGCGGGAGCAGCUCAGCCUGGUGGGGAGGCUGGAGGAGCAGCUGAGGGAGAAACACGAGGCGGCCACCACGCUGCUGACGAGGGAGGACGCCCGCCGCCUGGAGGAGGAGCGCCGAGCCCUGGCCGAGAUCAGGGAGGCGCUGCUCCGUGCCAAAGAAGCAGGAGAGCGGACGGAUGUGGAAGGAGCCAGCGAGGAGGCGAGAUCCGCUCAGACCCGCUACACCGACUUCAAGGCGGCUCAGGUGAAGGAGCUGGGCCAACUGGAGGAGGAGCUCCAGCAGCAGAGGGAGCGUCUGGAGGAGGAGGUGGCGGCCGAGAGAGCCACCAUGCUGCUGCUCGGCCACGGCCUCAAAGAGCACCAACAGCAGCUGAAGGAGACGCAGGAGAAGGGGGCGCAGGACGCGACGGCGGUCUGCCAGGAGGAGCAGCUGGUCAAACAGGCGGAGCACCGGCUGCAGUUCAAGGAGCGACAGCUGGCGAGUCUGGCGGACGGACUCCUCCCGGCGCUGGCCGAGGAGAAGCAGAGAGCCGUGGAGGUCCUGGAGCGCAGCGGCCGAGGCGACAACGGCAACUGCGACAGUCCGCCGGGUCUGGACAACACGCUGUACCAGGUGGAGAAGGAGCUGGAGGACAAAGAGGAGAAGCUGAACCUCCACUGGAACAGCGCCCAGCAGCUCCAGCAGCUCCAGGAGACCUACGAGUUCACGGCCAACGUGGCCCGGCAGGAGGAGAAGGUGAGGAGGAAGGAGAAGGAGAUCCUGGAGUCGAAGGAGAAGCAGCAGAGGGAGGCGAUGGAGCAGGCGGUGGCGAGGCUGGAGAGGAGGCACUCGGCCCUGAGGAGGAGCGUCUCUCUGGAGCCCGACACCGAGGAGCAGAGACACAAGAGCUCGGUCCUCAGGAACCAGAGGACGGGAGGAGAACUGGACCAGCAGAGAGUUGAGCGGGAGAUCCAGAAGUUGAGGCAGAGGAUCAGCGAAGGGGAAGAAAACUCCAGGACUCACUCCAACAGCAACGACGACAAGACGGGUCACAGCUCUCCGGUCAGCCACAUCCAGAGUCUGAACACGCUGCUGCCGCUGUCGGACGACCGGAUCAACGCGUACAUCGAAGAGGAAGUGCAGCGACGGUUACGUAAGCUGAACCUUCUCAACGGCAGCAGCAACAAGGAUCUGUCUCUGUCCUGUGAAUCGCUCAGGGAUGAUGAAAAGCUGCAAAACAUUAAUCCAAGGAGGUUUAAAUAUGAGCACUUGGUGUCUCGUCCUCUUGGGAUGAGCUCCGACAGCCUCCAGGAGCCCGUUAAAAUUAGCAUUCCCCGUUACGUUCUGCGUGGGCAGGGGAAGGACGAGCACUUUGAGUUCGAGGUGAAGAUCGCUGUGAUGGACGAAACGUGGACAGUGUUCAGACGCUACAGCCGCUUCCGGGAAAUGCAUAAGAGCCUCAAAUUGAAGUAUCCAGAGCUGGCAGCUUUGGAGUUCCCUCCGAAGAAACUGUUUGGAAACAGAGACGAGCGGAUGGUUGCUGAACGCCGGAAUCAUUUGGAGCGUUACCUGAGGAACUUGUUCCGGGUGAUGCUGUCGUCCUCCUGCUCUCCUCUCAGAGUCGACACAGACAGCGGCUUCCACCUGUCCAAACACGCCAUCUGUGAGUUCUCGCCUUUCUUCAAGAAGGGCGUCUUCGAGUACGGCAGCCACGGUACCGGUUGAAUCCCGGUUGUGUUUCGGCGCCGAUGUUUCCUCGAUACCAAAACAUAAAAAACAAAAAGCUGCUCGGUGCCUUUUCCUCGGGUCUCGUCCCGGGAGAAUCGCCUCAGUAGGUCAGAGGAGGGAAAACUUGCAGGUCAGUUUCCUCUCUGAGACGAAUGUUUCAAACUUUCAAAACUUAGUC